AUGCAGGGGGACAGAGUGGCCCAGAGCUUCGGUUCGGCUCUUCUGAAGCCUCGGAUGCUCUCCGUGCGCCGGGGGGGAGGCGGUGGCCGGCUGCAGCCUCCGCACAGCCUCCGUGGAGAAACGGAUCAGGUGAGGCCGAGAUCCAGGCUCUGGGCCGAGCAGGCCCGCCGGCUGCACGAGCGGGUCCUGGACUCCCUGUCCCGCUUCCAGGACUGGCUGCGGGGGGCAGAGCUGUGGGCCGCCUCCCCCGCUUCCUCCCAGGUGCCCUUCGCUGUGGCCAAGGAGGAGCUCAAAAAGUUCGAGGUGCUGGAAAGGCAGAUCCAGGAGAAGUUGCACCAUCUGGAGUCCUUAAACAGGCAGUACCGGCAGCUGGUUCAGGCCAACAGCAUCAGUUUGCAGGGCCGGCUUAAGGCCGCGGUCCAGGAGAGCAAUCGGCGCUGGGACAACCUCCAGAAACGAGCUGCUGCCAUUCUCAAGAGACUGAAGUAUUUUGUUGGCCAGCGGGAGGAGUUUGAGUGGGAACGGGAGACUGUGCAGGUGUGGCUGACGGAGCUGGAUCUGCGGCUCACCGAUGUGGAACAUUUCUCUGGGGGCAGCUCGCUCGAGAAAAUGAUGGAGCUGCAGGAGUUCCAGGAGGCCGUGCAGUCCAACGCGGAGCGGCUCGACUGGCUGCUGGUGUCCGGCGAGCGGCUGAUCCAGAGGAGCGAGCCGCAGGACGCCGAGAUCCUGGAGGAGGAGCUGCAGGAGUUGAGCUGCUACUGCCAGGAGGUCUUCUGGCGGGUGUCCCGUUUCCGCCGCCGGCUGGUCAGCAUGAGGCUGGUCUUUGAGGACGAGUGGCUGUCGGACCGAGAGACUGAUGGAGUCUGACUGCUUCACAGAUGCAUCACUGAAGCCUGAGGUCGAGGGAGAAGCCAGGGGGCCCCAUCCCGCUGCUUGGAUCUACCAGUCCACCC